AUGUAAGACCCUGAAUAUUUAAAUUACUAUGUUGAAGCAGAGCCAAAUAUAUAACCAAUUAAAUCAAUUUAGAUUCAAAAGAAGAAAAGAUUAGUAAUGAAAUUUUCAUCUGAAUCAGAAAAUUUAGAAAGUGAUCAAAGUGUUGAUAACUCUCAAUAUUAGAGAUAAUAAUUCUUUGAGAGUUAUUCUCUUUUUACAACCAAGAAUUCAAUACCUGCAAAAUUUUAAAGUUUGAAUUAACCUAGCAAUUCUGUAACUUAUAAGGCAAAACUUGCAUCAAUAAGAAAGAUUAAAUCAUUUAGAUUAGAUGAUGAUACAUAUAGUUAAGAUGAAGAAGAAAGUUUACCUAAAGAAUUAAUGAAAGUCAAUUUUCAAUUUAGACAAGAUGCUAUAAUUAAUGUUUAAAAAAUCCUUUAAUAAAAGAAAUGA